GCGUGCGAUGUUGUUGCGAUCGCUAUACGACACGAAUGGCUUAUUUUAUUUUAGUGCGGUGUUUUCGGCAGUAAAAAAUGAAAAGUCUUUUACGCAACCGUUUGUACGUUGUCGUACGUGCGGAGAUAAUUUUCAUGUAAUGGUUAUAAAUGUUUUGGCGAUGAUAGGGACGACAGUGAAAGGCUAAACGCGAGUUUAGGCGAGACUUACUCGCCAAUCGCCUCUAGCUUCAGCGUUCCGAGGCAGGGCCGGAGUCGGCUCUAAAGGAAGCGUGCGAAACCGAGGACCUUUAUUUUAAAUGUCUACUAGGAACCUUAGGCUUUCAAGCAAGGAGAUUAAUCCUUCGUUAAUAUAAUAGAAAAGUGAAAUGGCGGUUAGCAAAAAAUGGCGCGAAACCGAGACGAUCAAGUUCGUGCGGCUAUACGAGGAGGCGGAGUGCUUGUGGAACUACCGUCAUCCGGCCUACAAGAACCGCAGCGCGAGGGAAAAGGCAUGCCAGACUAUAAUCGAGUCGAUGAAUAUGCCGGAGUUCGGGGUGAACGAGCUGAAAAACAAAAUCAAGAACAUCAGAAGCACGUAUGCGCAGGAAUUGAAUAAAAUCAAGCGGUCGAGAGAGGGUCUGAGCGCUGGCGGAUCUGACCAGGAGGAAUACAAGACCAACUUGGCGUGGUUCGCUAUCGCGAAUAGAUUUUUGGGCACCGUGAUUGCGACUACGUCGAAUUCCAACAAGAUGUCUAAAUCGGAAGACAGCAGCGCAGCCGAUUUCUCCAAUAGCGAUUUCCAGCUAACGACUUUGGUCAAAACAGACAUCGACGGAAAUCCAGAAUAUGCAGAUGAGAGUCGGGAGGUAUAUUAUCCGCCGAUCACAUUCGACCACACUCAAAUCAAGGCGGAAUCGUCGAACGACGACUACCCUCUAACCUGUAAAAGGAUGCGGAUUUUGCACAACAGUGAAAUAAACGACGAUAAGGAGACUGAUCUGGAAGCGAGUGACGUGAGAGACGAAUUCUUUUACUUCGGAAAAAAUAUCGCGUGCCAGUUGAGACAGCUUCCGUUAGAUAAGGCGCUACUGUGCCAAUCGAAGAUUCUCGGGUUGCUGAUGACUUAUAGGGUCGAAGCUUUACAUAGUGUUUAGUGUACUCGAUCUAAACUGGUGGAUGAUAGAAAAGUGAGGCAAUUUUUACAAUAUGAAAAGACUGGGAGAAUGGGGUGUUGUUGUUGUUUAAUUCCUUAACUUACAGAUAUAAUGUGUGUAUAAUCUAAGUGUAUAAUCUAAUUGUUUAAGAAGCCCCCUAACGUCUAUAAAAAAUGUAUGGGCCAUAAAAUGGCAUUUUUUGUGGGUGUACUAUUUCAGAAAGAUCAAUAGUUUUUAUUUGUUGAAAAAGUUUUAAUGUUCUUUAGUGACAUUUAAAACAAUACAU